CUGCGCGCCGAGCGACGCGAGCUCCGCGUUUUCGCGAGAACAGAGCGAGAGUCGCGAUCGAGCGUGAGCCACACGUUUUUCUGUUCGCAUCGAUCAUCGUCGGCGCGAUGGCAGCCCAGUGGAUUCGUACAGCAAUUUCUUCGAGGAUCGCCGGUGCGCGGCUCUACAGCAGCACGGUACACAAAUGUACCCUCAUACCCGGAGACGGCAUCGGACCUGAGAUUUCCGCUGCUGUACAGAAGAUCUUUGAUGCCGCCAAGGUACCAAUAGAAUGGGAGUCAGUUGACGUAACACCGGUAAAAGGUCCAGAUGGCAAAUUUGGUAUACCACAAGCGGCCAUUGAUUCUGUCAAUAGAAAUAAAAUUGGUCUCAAGGGACCUCUAAUGACUCCAAUUGGAAAAGGUCACAGGUCGCUCAAUCUUGCACUUAGAAAGGAAUUUAAUUUGUACGCCAAUGUGCGACCGUGCCGAUCCUUGGAGGGGUACAAGACGUUGUACGAUAAUGUCGACGUUAUCACCAUUAGGGAAAAUACGGAAGGUGAAUACUCUGGUAUAGAGCACGAGAUUGUAGAAGGUGUUGUACAGUCUAUUAAAUUAAUUACGGAGGAGGCCUCUCGUAGGGUAGCAGAAUUUGCUUUUCAAUAUGCUACAGACAAUAAUAGGAAAAAGGUUACUGCUGUACAUAAGGCGAAUAUUAUGAGGAUGUCGGACGGCUUGUUCUUGAGGUGUUGUCGAGAAGCCGCACAAAAGUUUCCAUCUGUUAAGUUUGAGGAGAGGUACUUGGACACAGUUUGCUUGAACAUGGUGCAAGAUCCAAGUCAAUACGAUGUGCUUGUCAUGCCUAACUUGUAUGGUGAUAUUUUGUCUGAUAUGUGUGCUGGACUCGUCGGAGGUCUCGGUCUAACACCAAGCGGAAACAUUGGUUUAAACGGAGCCUUAUUCGAAUCGGUACAUGGAACAGCACCCGAUAUUGCUGGCCAAGACAAGGCAAAUCCCACGGCGUUACUACUCUCCGCGGUAAUGAUGCUAAAGCAUAUGGGCCUAAACAGUCAUGCGAAAAUCAUCGAACAUUCUGCUUACGACACUAUCAAAGAAGCAAAGUAUUUAACCGGUGAUCUAGGCGGCACUGCAAAAUGCAGCGAAUAUACCGAUGAAAUUUGUAAGAGAGUCGCCGCGCAAACCAAAUAAAGGGCAGACACUUCGUUGGCUAAAAUUUGAACUGCCAAGUACUCGUAGAAUUUGUGUGUCCGCUCCGCUUCGCGAUGAAGGGACCGUUAUUUUUUACCAACUGGUUGUAUCACAUGCAGUUUUGUGUGUGCGUCCGCAUUGCAAAUCCGCGAUUGGUUCAAUUAAUGGAUUACAUACCGUUAAAUAAU